GCUCCUAAUCCAAUUUCAAACCUGAAUUUGGUCCCAACAAAUGUCUCCCUCAAUGCCACCUGGGACCCUCCUGUGGGUGAUUAUUCAUCGUUCAAGAUUGUGCUCCAGCUGGAUGGCCAAACUCUUAAUACAACAACCAGCCAAACACCUCGGAUGUACUUUCACAACCUGAUGGCUGCAGUCAAAUACACAGUCACUGUCUACAGCGUUGGUGGAAAUCUCAGCAGCACCCCAGUGACUCUCUCCAAGUUCACCCUACCUAACAAAGUCGAAAUCCUCAACGUCACAAUGGUGACAGAAACCUCUGUCUCCCUGAGCUGGGACAAACCAGCUGGGGGAACGGUUUCCUAUAUUAUUAAUGUCCAGGGAGAGAAGAAUCAGAGCAUUCAGACCAAUCUAAUAAGUUACACAGUCAACAGUUUGAUACCUGGAAACCUUUACACAUUCACUGUCACCUCAGAGGUUGAGGACAAGUCCCAACGGAGUGAAGGAUUCAACAUCAUGAAAUACACCAAGCCCUCCAAAGUGUCCAACCUGCGGGUGUCUAAUAUUACCACCACCUCGCUACAGCUUACAUGGGCACCACCUACAGGAAACGCCACAAGUUACAGAGUGAAGGCUGUGAAUGACAGUAAUCAUAUGUUUGAUAAUUGCACGGUGAAGCAAACAAAUGUGACAGUAACAAAGCUGCCAGCAGGCACCAAGAUAACCCUCAGUGUGGCAGCACUGGUCAAUGACACGGAGGAAGGAGACUAUGUGACCACCGUCAACUACACUGUACCUAACAAAGUCGAAAUCCUCAACGUCAAAAUGGUGACAGAAACCUCUGUCUCCCUGAGCUGGGACAAACCAGCUGGGGGAACGGUUUCCUAUAUUAUUAAUGUCCAGGGAGAGAAGAAUCAGAACAUUCAGACCAAUCUAACAAGUUACACAGUCAACAGUUUGAUACCUGGAAACCUUUACACAUUCACUGUCACCUCAGAGGUUGAGGACAAGUCCCAACGGAGUGAAGGAUUCAACAUCAUGAAAUACACCA